AUGAGGCCCCGAAUAUGUACGAUUGGGGACCGUUUGUCAACAUGGUGUUCGAGACCAUGGAGAAAGGAUACCCCUAGAUGGGGGUGUAAAGAAAAGGGUGCUUCCAUCGAGAAUUUGGCUGCUAUCAGAAUACUCAACUUUUCCGUUCUCAUCUGGGCCCGACUACAGAUUAACCUCGCUUCCACUUCAUCAGUCCGUCUGGUGGGGCCCGAAUCUCGGCUCUUCGGGUCCAGGCAGGAAAACUCGACUCGUCGAUUACUUGAAAGGUAG